UCAGCAGGCUCACACGGGCUCACCCGGGCACACACAAGCUCACUUGUGCUGGCUCCUGAAGCCCUUCACAGGAGAACAUCUGAGUGAUUCCUGUCACUCCCCUGUGAACCCAUCAGAGCCUCAGCCUCCCAGAUUCUUGCCCGCACAGCCUCUCAGGCUCACUCACUCUUGGUGGCCUGCCUCAGAUCAUCUGCCAUGGCCCCCCGUGUGAGCCUACUCCUGGCCUUCAGCCUGCUGGUUCUCUGGACCUUCCCAGCCCCAGUUCUGGGGGGUGCUAAUGAUGCAGAAGACUGCUGCCUAUCUGUCACCCAGCGCCCCAUCCCUGGGAACAUCGUGAAAGCCUUCCGCUACCUUCUCAUCGAAGAUGGCUGCAGGGUGCCUGCUGUUGUGUUCACCACACUAAGGGGCUAUCAGCUCUGUGCACCCCCAGACCAGCCCUGGGUGGAACGCAUCAUCCGAAGACUGAAGAAAUCUUCUGCCAAGAACAAAGGCAACAGCACCAGAAGGGGCCCUGUGUCUUGAGUAAAGAGAUGCGAAUCACUCUGGCCCAGGAAACCAAGGACCAGCAGAGAGGACCAAGCCUUCUGAUGCUCUGUCCCAGACCUAACUUAGCCAAGUCUGAGAGUCGAUGUGAAUGUGAGUGUGGACAAGAGAGUUCGUGUGGCUAGAAUGCCGACUCUCCGUGGCUAGACUACAGUGCUUCCAAUAAAGCCGCUUGGUACCUUG